CGGUUCAGCUGCUCCAGGCGCUGUUGUUUGGCGUUUGGGCCUCCCGAGGGGCGUUCUGUGGAGGGCCGCCGGUGCAGGCCGCAGUGACAGGGCCGCUCGCACCCGCGCACCCCGCCUCUUUCCCGGAGCAGCGUCUGCUCGCGGCCUCCGCGACCUGCAGGCCCAACAUGGCGCAGGAGGUGUCGGAGUACCUGAGCCAGAACCCGCGGGUGGCCGCCUGGGUGGAGGCGCUGCGCUGCGACGGCGAGACUGACAAACACUGGCGCCACCGCCGAGAGUUUCUGCUCCGCAACGCCGGGGACCUGGCCCCGGCUGGCGGCGAUGCCGCCGCUAACGCGUCGGAAGCUGCCGACGCCGAGAGCGGGACCCGCAAUCGGCAGCUGCAGCAGCUCAUCUCCUUCUCCAUGGCUUGGGCGAACCACGUCUUCCUCGGGUGCCGGUACCCACAAAAAGUUAUGGAUAAAAUACUUAGUAUGGCUGAAGGCAUCAAAGUGACAGAUGCUCCAAUCCAUACAACAAGAGACGAACUGGUUGCCAAGGUGAAGAAAAGAGGGAUAUCGAGUAGCAAUGAAGGGGUAGAAGAGCCAGCGAAAAAACGAAUCAUCGAAGGAAAAAACAAUUCUGCCGUUGAGCAAGAUCAUGCAAAAAUUUCUGCCAAAACAGAACGUGCGUCAGCUCAGCAGGAAAACAGCUCAGCAUGUACAGGGCCAUCUACGAAAUCAGAGAGUAGUGGGAACUCCACUCGAAGCUCUGGCACCUCGAGUCAGAAUAGCUCUACAGGUGAUGGAGAUCGGUCUCUCUCCAGCCAAAGCAGCAGCAUUUCCUCUCAGGUAACAGCGGCAGGGUCUGGAAAAGCUUCUGAAUCAGAAGCUCCAGAGAAACAUGGUUCAGCAUCGAUUGUUUCUUCGUUGUUGAAGUCCAGUGUGAAUAGUCAUGUGACCCAGUCUACUGAUUCCAGACAACAGAGUGGAUCACCGAAAAAGAGUGCUUUGGAAGGCUCGUCAGUCUCAGCUUCUCAAAGCAUCUCAGAGAUUGAGGUGCCUUUGUUGGGCUCCUCCGGAAGCUCAGAAGGAGAGUUGCCACUGUUGUCUUCUAAACUUGGUUCAGAGACAGUGUCAGGUGGGUUAACUUCCAAAACUAGUUCAGAGGCAAGUGUUUCACCAUCUGUUUCUAAAAAUAGUUCCUCAUCAGGCACAUCCUUACUAACUCCCAAGAGCAGCACAUCAACAGGUACAUCGAUGCUGACUUCCAAAAGCACUUCGCAGGUAGCUGCGUCACUGUUAGCCUCCAAGAGCAGCUCCCAAACCAGUGGAUCUGUAGUUUCCAAAAGCACUUCCUUAGCCAGUGUGUCCCAGCUGGCUUCUAAGAGUAGUUCUCAGACUAGCACCUCACAGUUGCCUUCUAAAAGUACUUCACAGUCAAGUGAGAGUUCUGUCAGAUUUUCUUGUUGCAAGUUAACCAAUGAAGACGUGAAACAGAAACAACCUUUUUUCAACAGACUGUAUAAGACGGUGGCAUGGAAGUUGGUAGCUGUUGGUGGCUUUAGUCCCAGUGUGAAUCAUGGCGAGCUCCUGAAUGCAGCUAUUGAAGCUCUGAAGGCAACACUGGAUGUGUUUUUUGUUCCGCUAAAAGAACUAGCAGAUCUGCCUCAAAAUAAAAGCUCUCAAGAAAGUAUUGUUUGUGAAUUGAGAUGCAAGUCUGUGUAUUUGGGCACUGGCUGUGGAAAAAGCAAAGAAAAUGCAAAAGCUGUUGCAUCAAGAGAAGCACUGAAGUUAUUUCUCAAGAAGAAGGUAGUGGUAAAGAUAUGUAAAAGGAAAUACAGAGGCAGUGAAAUAGAAGAUCUGGUCCUCCUUGAUGAAGAGUCAAGGCCUGUAAACUUACCGCCAGCAUUAAAACAUCCUCAAGAGUUAUUAUAAUAUGUCCAAAAUACCACUGCAUAUCAUGUCUGGUAUUUGAAGUGAAAAACUGGCAUACUUUUGUAUAAUAUAAAACACAGGCUUUCACAAAUUUUGUAUUGCUUUUUUCCAGUUUUGCAGAAAAUUUACAUUCUAGUUCUCUUCACACAGUAGAAGUUGUAAAUAAUUUAUGAAUGACAGUACAUAUUAAAAAGUAUGCAUUAACAGCAUACCAGUAUGCUGUUUUAUUUGCUGAAGAAAAUACUGUCUUCUAUUUUUAAUGAUCCAUUAGGUACGAUGUGUAGUUCUGUAGAAUCUUAAAACUUUUGUACUACUUUGAAUUUGGUGAAAAUGUAUUAAAUUGUCUACCAUGCUUUUUUUUUUUCCUAGCUGAAUAAACCUCACAUCAAAGAAAAGGGGACCAUAGUAUUUGAAUGUCUGAAAGUCUGUGAAGCUUAAGGUUUUAAGAAUGUUGCCCAUAUUGUUGAACAUGUCUGUUAAGGAAUAAAAGAAAAAAUAGUUGCCUCAGACUAUUUUUAUGAGAAGUUGUAAGCAUUUUUUAGAUAUAAAGCAGUAUAAAGUACUUAAGGUUAUUUUAUUCUGAAGUUGUUUAAAAUUCACCAUGAUUUUGACCGCUGCAGAUUCUUUAAGUGGGUUAAUUUAUGUUUGAGGUAAAAUACAAUUUACACUUUUUCUUAAAGACAUAAAUGUGGGUUUCUAUAUUAAGCAUAUUUUGUGACUACUAUUAAUAGAUUGAUUUGUUUAGAUAUUAAAUGCUUUAAGCUAUUUUACCUUUUCAA